AUGGCCUCUAUUCGCGUUCUUUCCUUCGAUGCUGAGGGCCGUCCCGUGCAGUUCACUUCCUGGCUCGACGACCUGCAGUUGUAUCUUAUGAGCAAUAGCACGGACCACAUCUCCCUCUAUGACUACGCGUCUGGUGCUGCCGCUGCUCCUGCUGCCACAGCCGAGCUUAGUGUACGUUCACAGUGGCAGACUCGUGACGCUGCAGCUCGCCUGGCUAUUCGCAGUCACCUGCCGUUAGCUGAGCUAGAGCACUUUGGCGACUGCAAAACCGCUAAAGCCCUAUACGACGCUGUCGUUGCUCGCUACUCCUCACCUGCCACAGCCGAGCUUAGCCGUCUCAUGCUGCCUUACCUGUUCCCUGACCUGUCCACCUUUGCUACAGUCGCCGAUCUUAUCACCCACCUUCGCACUAGUGAUGCUCGCCUGCGUGCCGCCCUUCCCACCGAGUUCUGCGCUAAGAACCCCCCUCCCCUGUACUGGGCACUCCACUUCAUAGUCACCCGUCUCCCUGACACCCUCAGCUCAGUGCGCGACUAUUUCCUUGCUCGCUGUCCCACUGAGCUCACUGUCGCCCUCCUAGAGGAGAAGCUGCUAGCAGCCGAGAAGAGCAUUGUAGCUGUUGGUGCUGCUCGCGGCGCUCCUCGCACCCCCAUCUUUGAGGGGUGCUCUCCCUCUCCCCUCGCUCCCUCCUAUGCUACUGCUGCUGCUGUUGACUUCCUUGGUGCUGAGUCUGCUGGCGCUGCUUCUGCUCCUGGUGGGAGGCGCCGCACCGGCAAGGGCAAGGGGGGCAAGGGUGGCGGGGGUGGCGCUGGGGGGGGAGGGGGUGGGGGAGGUGGGGGGGGAGGCGGUGCUGGAGGGAGCGGUGGCGGGAGUGCCGGUGGGAGUGGGGCCGGCGGCGGAGGCGGGGGCGGCGGCGGGAGCAGUGGCGGUGGUGGCAGCGGCGGCAGUGGCGGCGGUGGCGGCAGUGGCGGUGGCGGUGGCGGUGGUGGCGGUCGGAGCGGAGGUAGUGGCGGCGGUGGAGGUCGGAGUGGAGGCACCGGCUCGGGCCAGAGCUCCCAGCAGCAGCAGCGUCCCCAGUCGACCCAGCAGCUUCGUGAGUGGCUUGCUCAGCGUGGGACGUCGGGGGGCAGUGGCCGCUGUUCCUAUGUCAUUCGCACAGGUGAUCGCAAGGGGCAGACGUGUGGAAAGUUCCACACUCAGUACCGCUGCUUCUUCCGCCUUGACGACGCUUGGCGUGAGGAGAUGGGCGAGGAUGUUGAGCGCCCUCGCUGGGCUGAGCUGAUGAGGGCUGGUGUUGAUAUCUUUGCUCUUGACUAUGAUGCCAUUAUUGCUGCCAUGUAUGCAUUGACUGUUAGUGCCGAGGGAGACUGUUACUUGUGUGUGCCGCCUGACCCAGGUAUAGGGCCCGCUGCCCUAGGUACUAGUGAGUCUGCUCUCUCUGGUAUGGUGCCCCCUGUACCUGCUCCCUCCAGCACUGUCCCUGCUGCUUGCGAGUCUGCUCUCUCAGGUACAGCACCCACAGAGACUGCUCUCUCAGGUACUGCACCGGCUGAGACCUGUCACACCUUCACCCUUGACUCAGGUGCUUCCCGCUGCUUCUUUCGAGACAGUACUGAGCUCACACCGCUUCCUGCACCGGUCCCAGUCUCCUUGGCUGACCCCUCUGGGGGCCCAGUCCUUGCCCAGUCCACCACUGUGCUCCCUUGUCCGGCGGUUCCGUCUGGCUCGUUGACGGGUUUCCACCUCCCCUCGUUCUCGAUGAACCUGGUGAGCAACGCUGUCAUCCAGGAUCAGUGGGUUGACACCUUUACCCCUGGAGGACAGCGUGUGGCGAUCUGCACGUGCUCCAGGACCGGCCGUCACCUGGCUACGUUUACUCGUCGGCCGGGGUCGAGUCUCUACACACUGACCACUGCGUCUCCUCAGGUCGCUGCUGUCGGUCAGGUGUCCGCGUCAGGUCUGGUGGCCCACGCCUGUGAGUGUCGUUCCCUGUCGCACCAGACUCUUCUCUGGCACCACCGCCUGGGUCACCCCUCCUUGCCACGCCUCCGUGGCAUGCACCGUCGCCGCCUUGUGUCUGGUCUUCCCAGGUCUCUCCCUCCCCUCCCUGCCUCACCUGCGCCGCCUUGCCUUCCUUGCGUCGAGGGGCGGCAGCGCGCCGCUCCUCACUCCUCCUCGUUCCCCCCGACAGAGGCUCCUCUGCAGACCCUCCACCUGGACGUGUGGGGCCCAGCCCGCGUUCGUGGCCAGGGCGGUGAGCGGUACUUUUUGCUGGUUGUCGACGACUACUCGCGUUACACCACGGUCUUCCCCUUGCGCACCAAGGGUGAGGUCCCUGCUGUUCUGAUCCCUUGGAUCCGCACAGUUCGUCUCCAGCUCCGCCGCCGUUUCCGGACGGAUCUUCCUGUCCUGCGUCUGCACUCUGACAGAGGUGGUGAGUUUUCCUCCGACCUCUUGAGGACCUUCUGUCAGGCGGAGGGCAUCGAGCAGACCUUCACGCUUCCGGACUCCCCACAGCAGAAUGGGGUUGCUGAGCGCUGCAUUGGCCUGGUCAUGGAGGUCGCUCGUGUUGGAGUAGGCUAG